GCUCAAACUGCACGAAGUGUGGCUAAGACAGCAGAAACACGAGCUGAGGAUGCGAAAAAUAUUUCGGACCAGGCUCGAGCAAUCGCCACCGAAUUCGCUUCAGAUUUUAUGCAGAUGGGCGUUCAAUGGGAAAGGAACAACCCCUUUGCGCAUAUGAUAACUCGAGGUGGAACACCGUCAGCUACAGCUCAGGUUAACUCUAAUGGAGUGACAAUGCGACCUGCCAACACAAACAAUCUCUUUGUAAAUAGCUUAGAAGUCAGUGGGGGUAAUCGAAGAGGCAGUUUUCGUUCGAGUUUCAAACGGAGCACCAGUGGUGUUCUCAAUGAAAGCAAUCUGGAUGGACCCAGAAUGCAAGACGUUGCUGAUAAUGAAAUUAAGCCGGAGGAAAUGAAGGUCCAACUGGCUCCUGUUCCUCAACGAGUGCACCAAUUUGCAAAGGUGCAGAAUUUGGAGGAAACGCAGUUUGAGACUCUUGGAGGACCUGUUAAAGCUGCUUUAUCUCCUUCGCCGCAGAAGCCAAUACCAAAGUCGCAGACAACAACGUCAAAGAAAUCACCGGUUUUGCACACAGCUCAAGUGGUACUAUCAAAUGACACACAGAUUCACACAGCCACUAUGGAGUUUGUCAGCAGUAUCUCAAAGUCUCCUCCACCAAUCAACGAACAGAGAGUCUCUCAGGGUAGACCCGCGGUUCGAGCUGCCACUUCCGGUGCCACAGGCCCGCCACCCCUCUCGGCCUUCGAUCUUAUGAAAUCGGGAAAAAUUCCACUCACCUCAACAGAGAAAAAGAUGACCCGUCGACGAACCCUCCCCUCAAUUCUAACCACUCCACCCUCCGGUGUUGCUACUCCACAGGCAAGCAGUAAAAUGUCCACCCUUCAACGACCUGGAACACGUCUUUCUCCCUCUUCUCCAGCCUCGGCUCUAGGGAAUCCGGCUGGUGAAAAGCGCUUUGCAAUACCUGGACUCUCCUCCAAUUUGGAUGAUGUUCAUCAUAGCACCGAAGAUUUAGUGGAGACAUAUAUUAUUGAGGAUGGAGUGAAGAAGAGAGUUCAGCCGACUAGAGCAUCUGAAGCUGGUGCGUUGUUGGGAAAAGGAAAUGCUAGUGGAGCUACUGGCGCCUUGAGACGUGGUCAUGCUGUCUCGCCUGAUCGACGAUUCAAAGUAGGUGAUGAAGCGCGACGAUUGGCUGGUGGAACGGGAGCGGAUUUCGAUACUGGCGAGUUAUUACCACUCCCAGAUGCGUACAAAAUCGAAUCAGUUGGAAAUCUGCUUAAAGGAGGUCUGGAAGCCAGUAUGCCAGAUGUUUCUAAGGGAGUGGAAGGAAUGUUGCUAAGCAAGGGUGGUCCUGGAGCACCUAGACUUGGUAUUGGUGGAUUCCUGACUCGAGAUGAGGUCUGCCGACUGGGACAACAAAGACGACACGAACUUCUCCUCGAUCGAGAACGAAAGAAACGUGGAGAAAUCAUCAUUCGAUUGGCAGAUAUUAAGGAUUGGCUGUGCGCUAACAUCGUGAUUGUGCUGGUAUUACUGUUCAACCUCUUCCUGGCUUUCCUCUUUAUCAAUUUGAUCAACAACGCUGGCAAAAUGGGACCCCAAACAGGUCAAGUUGCCGAUUUGACACCCGAAGAAAAACGCGCAGCGGCAAGUGCAGCGGCGGAAGCAGUUCAGAAGGCGCUGCGCGCCGCAAACGCUGCUUCUCGUUCCACACCAUCGGUGCCCCCUCGACCUCCCAGAACAUAA